AUGAGAGCAGCACAAUUACUUUUAAAUCAAGCCAAAAAGGGUUCUGGUCUUGGUAUUCCAGUUGAAUUGACACCAUUGUUUUUUGCGAUGGGUUUGGCGUUGGCCUCUGGUACUUAUUUUACAUACAAGAAGUUUAUGUAUGAUGAUUCCUUGAGAGUCACUAAGAACCCUCAACUAUCGGAUUUAGACAGGGUUUUAACAGAAUCUGCCGAAAAGAAAGAUUAA